UGUAGUCGUGUUUAUCGUAAAGUUUGUAGAUACAAAAUAAGACGCGUCGAUCCACGUGCAUUCGCAAGCGAGCUCGGUGAGAUAAGAGUUACCCCUUCCGAUAUGAAUUUCUGUAGGAUUGACGAUUGCUAUAAAUUAAAUUAGAAUUCAACCGCCGAGUCGAGUGUGAGACGCAACGAGCUAUCGUUUUUGUUAUUGCACUGAUGUGUCGGUGCUCCGUCAGUUUUCGCGAAUUUCGUCUCUUGAAUCCUGCCUAUUCGACGAUCCCGAAAACGUGACACUAGUGCGAUCGUGCUCCUUUGGAAAAACGACGUACGAUGGAGAAACGUGAGAAACCACCGUCGGAACCGGGCAAGUGGCGGCAAUUCCUUGCUGUGAUGGUCGUGAAUCUCUCGACAAUGACGUACGGUCUAAUGGUGGGAUGGCAAUCGCCGUAUGGUCCACAACUGCAAAGCUCGUCGUCGCCUGUAGGAAACGAGCCCAUGACGGACGAAGCUGUGUCUUGGUUGAGUGGAAUUACGUGCUUGGCUGGCGGCUUAGUGACUGGAUUACUCUCGGUAAUACCGGACAAGUAUAGCCGGAAGCGAUUCGGUUACCUGCUGACGUUGCCAAUGGUCAUCUCCUGGGUGCUGAUCAUCUUCGCUACUGAGCACAUACAUAUCUACAUAGCCAGGUUCCUACACGGUGUGGUUGGCGCCGGUACGUUCUUCUUCGUGCCGGUCUACGUGUCAGAAAUCUCGAACGAUAACAUACGCGGUUUGCUGGGAAGCUUGCUGAUGUUCGCCAUAAACUUCGGCAUCUUGCUGGGUUACGUCCUGGGCGGCAUGUUUUCCUUGAGCGUCUUCGCCAUAAUUAAUCUGGCGGGGCCUGUGUUGUUCUUAGUCACUUUCGCUUUCAUGCCAGAAUCGCCGGUCUACUUGGUGCGUCAAAAUCGCAUACGAGAAGCGGCUAGGUCUCUGAAGUGGCUGAAAGAUGGAGACGGUCUGGUGGCGGAACGCACGCUGUCGUAUAUACAGGCAAACAUGAAGCAAGCUGACACGGCAACGAGGUCUGUCAAGUUGUCGGAUUUAUUUCGGGACAGAGCGACGAUUAAGGGACUAAUAAUUGUCACGGGUCUAUUCAUCUGUCAACAAUUUUGCGGGAUCUUCGCGAUGAUCACCUAUACAGAGACUAUUUUCGAAGCAUCCGGCAGCUCGUUAUCGCCAAAUGCAGCGUCCGUCGUGAUUGGAACCAUACAAUUGUUCGGCGCAUGCUUGGCGUCGUCCUUGAUGGAGCGUGCAGGCAGACGAUCGUUGCUCCUUAUAUCCUGCGUGGGGAUGUGCUUAUGCCAUUGCGUCAUCGGCGGGUAUUGUUACUUCCAGGAGUUCGGAUAUAACGUAACCGCUUACGGCUGGGUGCCGGUGACCGCAUUAUCGGUCUUCAUGAUAGUGUACUGUCUGGGAAUGGGCGCUGCACCCAUCAUCGUAACGACCGAGAUAUUUAGCCGCGAUGUUACCAGCCUGGCGACAACGAUAGGCUUGUGUUGCCUUUGGUUGGCUGCUUUCGUCAUAGUAAAGGUAUUCGCCCAACUGAUUGCCUUGUUGGGCAUGUACGGCUGCUUCUUCCUCCUCGCGCUCUGUUGCGCGUUGAGCUUCAUAUUCUGCUUUGCGUUAUUACCGGAGACCAAAGGACGGAUACGCGAGGACAUAGUGGACGAGCUUAACGGGAAACGGUGUACAAAAAGUGAGAAAGACGCGAAGCACAUCAUUGGCAUGGAUUCAGAGCACGCGGCUCACGUGUGAAGAUACUGUGUGUUGCGCGUCAGAUAUAAUUACCUAAUUAGAAUCAAUGCCUAAAAGUGCCGGAGGAGGGAAAAAUUCACGUGUCGCAAACGCAUAUUUUUUAUUACGCCCUUUUUCACGCUGAUUUCCUCGCUGUUGCUUUCGCAAAUCUUUACCAGUUUUGCUCGUAGCAUUUAUAUCCGGCACUCGAGGUUUGGAAUAUUUCCUAACAUUUAUUAAGUAUUUAUUUUAUGAGCAUGUUAUGUACGAGCGAGGUGUUUCUCCGUUAUAAUUUAGUCUGAGGAGACGAAAGCUAGUUGAGUAUGUAAAUUACUGCGUUCAUUCAUGAUGACUUUAGAGAGGAAAUUUCUCCUUAGAGAGGAAUCUCAUGAA